UCAGUUCUUUCCAGAUACUUUAUUCCUUAUCUGGAUCCCUUUUAUUUUCGAUAAUUGUGUAAGAUUACUGAUAAAUUACAAAGGUUACUGGAGUAAUUUUUGAAGUUGCCUCCCAAUGCAUAGCAUAGGCCUAAAUCAUGAUGGCCUGGAUUGUCCCAUAGUUCACAUGGUUCAUGUGUACUUUGGAUUAGAUUAGCCUCGACAUGGGAUGUAGGUCAAGCCAACCAGAGGACGGAGCAGAGGGGGACCUGCUAGGAGAAGGUGAACAGCUAUGUUUCUAACAAGAAAUUGCCUAAUUAACCAUGAACUCUGAGCAAUGGUUCUGAUGAGCUGGGAACCCCAGCUUAGAACAUCGUCAUGAAUUGGCGGAUCUAGUCUUGUGAGCACUACGUUAUGCACAGUCGAUGCAGUAUGAGUGGGCCAGUCCCUAUCCCAGCACGAUCAAAGAACGCAGGGUCCUCAUCCAGUACGCCAGAAUGUCGUCGGAGGUGUACUGGAAGCUCUGCGGAGAGCACCCCGGAACGUCAUCGAAAGUAUGGCAGUUCAGAGAAAGUUGACAUGGAGGCCCUGAUGAAAAUGUUCACAGAGGACAAAAUUAAAUUGAGCCUUGAAGACAUCGAACCAAAAUUCGACGAUACCAUGGGGGUUCAGAACAAGAUCACGAUCCUCCAUUUCAACGACGUCUACAACAUCGAGCCGCGGGAUGUGGAGCCUGUAGGUGGCGCCGCUAGACAGACUAUGCUGAUCAAGUCUCUAAGUCAUCUGAAUCCAUUGGUGCUAUUCAGCGGGGAUGCGCUUAAUCCCUCGUUAAUGAGUACAAUCACACGAGGCCAGCAGAUGAUUCCUGUGUUAAACUCCAUGGAUGUCAAGUGUGCUGUCUUUGGAAACCAUGAUUUCGACUUUGGGGUCGAGGAAUUAACUACAGUUGCCAAUGAGACCACGUUUCCUUGGUUGAUGAGUAAUUGUUAUGAUCGAGAGACAAAUAAACCGCUGGCUAAUGGAUUGACAAAAUAUAUGAUCAAUUGGGAAGGUCACAAGAUUGGUCUUGUAGGACUUGUUGAAGAGGAGUGGAUUGCCACAUUAGCUGCCAUCGACAAAGAGGACGUCACGUUCUAUGACUACGUUAAGGAAGGACACAAGCUAGCUAGGGAGCUACGAGAUGAGGGAGCUGACAUAGUGAUAGCACUGACGCACAUGAGGUGGCCGAACGAUCGUAAACUUGCCAUGAACUGCCCGGAGAUAGAUAUGAUCUUAGGGGGACACGAUCAUGACUAUCAUGUGGAAAAAGUAAAUGAUCGUUGGAUCAUCAAAAGUGGGACAGAUUUCCAGAAUAUGACACGGGUAACAGUAACAUUCAAUCCUGGUGAGAAACCAGAGGUAGAAUUAGAGAAACUUGAUGUGACGUCAUCUAUAGAGGAGGAUGCUGAUAUCAAGCUUAUCGUUGAUAAAUACAUGAAUCUCAUGUCGGAGAAGAUGGACACAGUGUUAGGAUCCUUUGAUGUAGAAUUGGAGGGACGUUUCUCAAAAAUAAGGACACAAGAAACUAAUCUAGGCAAUUUUAUAUGUGACAUAAUGUGUGCUGCGUCGAGUGCCGACCUGGCCAUCCUCAACUCAGGGACAUUACGAUCUGACCGUAUUCACCCACGGGGGGAGUUCCGCAUAAAAGACUUAACUGCCAUCUUGCCAAUGUUAGAUCCGUGUGUUGUUAUCAGGGUGACAGGCCAGCAGGUGCUUGAGGCGUUAGAGAAUGGCGUGUCCCAGUACCCAGCUCACGAGGGCAGGUUCCCUCAAGUUGCAGGCGUCAGCUUCGGGUUUGACCCAAUGAUGACUUCAGGCCAUAGGAUAGAUAGGAAACAUGUUCAUAUACGAGGGGAACCUUUAGAUUUAGAAAAGUCGUAUAAAUUGUGCACAAAGAGUUAUCUAGCCUUGGGGAAGGAUGGCUAUGACUGCCUCAAAGACUCCGAGCUUCUUGUGGAUGAUGAGGAAGGCCCGUUGCUGAGCACUAUAGUCCAGAAUCAUUUCGACUCGGUGCGAGUUGUACAGGGUAUACCAACACGCCACUCAAGGUGUCGGAGGGAUUCUAUACAGUUAGCAAGGCAUCAAACACAACAAAACCGUCGCCAUAGCCACGGUAGCUUAGCCAACAUAACCCUCCCUAACAGUCUUAAAGUGGUGGACAACGAUGUCGUCAGACGACACAGUUUCACUACCACGACGUCAAUGAGCAGCCCGGGAAGUUGUGAUAUUGAGAGUCCUGUCAUCCCGAGUCGUGCCAUGUUAUUAAAACAAGCAAGCGUCCAUGAGGCACCUUCUACCAAUCCCGAUGGGAGCAGUUGUGCACACUUAUCACCAGAAUUUGAGGGACGAAUCUACAUCAUUCAUGGGGAGAGGAAAGAUGACCUUAUUGCCCAUACAUUACAGCUGGAGGCAGCUAUGCAGGGUGCCACAAUCUUAGAGGCGACAGACUCUGAGGAAAGGGACGAGGGCAUUGAGGGUGGUGGCAGUCGUGUGGUGGAGAACCAGGUCAAGUAGUACAUGCAUAUCAAUACAUCUAAAUGAUCAUGUGAUUGUCUUCCAUCCAGGACGUCUGCAAGCUUUGAUGAUAUCAAUACUACACUGUUGUUGUCGAGGAACGUACGCUCAAUAUCAAAUCGUCAAGUAAUAAACACAAAUCAAGAAUUUAUCUCAUCAUUGUCAGAACUCUCCUAAAUGUUUGUUGUCAUUGUUGUGAAGAUCUCUGUGGGACAUUUCUCAACCACUUCUAUAGGAUGUACCGAUAUUUCGGUCCAGUGUAUCAUUAUGUAUGCUACGAUAACCUGAAUUACUGGUCUCAUGACAUAAUGCAUUGCAAUGCAUGUUGGAAUGCAUGACAUCAAAUUAGAGUUGUUAAUAUUUUUGUUGCAAUGGCCAUUUUUUGGUUGCUUCUACAGUUAACAGUUUACAGUCUACAGUUUACAUUUCUACUGUUGUUUUGGUAAAAGCAUACGUCAGAUUAGGAAGAUAGGAAUUUUCAAACUUUGUGAUUGUUUGUGCCGUGUGACUGUGAUUCGUCGUGUAUAUAUAUCUUUAAUUUUUUACAACUAAUGUAAUCAUCAUGAUUUUAAAAUAAUGACCAUCAUGUAAAAAUGUAACUCUCCAUUGUCGAAAUUGAAUAGGUUGAGAAUUUUAUUGAAAUUGUUUGAUCUUGCAUUAUCUGUCAAUCCGAGUGAAUAGUGCAGGGUGUUGAAACCUCCGAUACAAUCAGCAAAUGUUUUGCUUUGUAGAAUACAAAGUUAUCUGACAGAAGCAUCCAACUGGGCAGAUUGGGGAGUAAAUUCAUACCUCUGGAUUUCAAAGCCUGUGAAAUCAACGAACGGGUGUGUAUUAUCUUAGAAUAUUCCACUGUCCAUUUGAGGAAACAAGAAUAUUAUUUACAAUACACAAUUUUCCUUCAUUCUGGCUUUGAUCCUCAUCACGUUGAUUAUUUACAAAACAGGGUGAUUUUACUUUUAUAGUGAAAUGUUUUAGCAAAUGUUGUUCAUAUAGAUAUAAGCUUAUGUUUACCAAUUCCUCCAAGCUUAUUAGGUUUGUAAAUAAAUAAAGUGAA